AUCUACAAUUACUCUUUUAAGAUUAAUUUCUCACAACAAAAGUAACCGAUUGGGAACUUUAUUGGAUCCUUAAUUAGCACUGCUGGAGAAAUGCAUAGUGUUCUGCGGUAGCCUAUGGAAAAGGACAAGAUUUGGUAUCAGAGUUUAGAAGGAAACACUGUAGGACCAGUAACAUUUGAAGACCUCAGGGACUUGGUCGAACGUGGAGAAAUUGAUGGGUUGACGAGGAUCUUUUUAGAAGCACUGGAUAGGUGGACAGUAGUGUCAGAAGAACCAGAAUUGAGAGAGUUGGUGGAGUUGAUUGCAAGUAGAGAGGAUGAUAGUGUAAAAGCAAGUGAAGCGAGCCUAGCUAAUAAUGCAGCUCUUGAAGACGUACUGAACGACAACAUUGGUGAACCAAACUUGGAGAGAAGCAAUACUUCUUCAAAGAAAAAGUUAACACUCGAGGAUUUGAAAAAGAAAGAAAGAAAAAGGUUAAAACGGGCAGAGCAGAAAAAGAAGAAGAGAGAACGUUGGAACGAGGAAGUUGCCAAAAACAAUACUAGUGUAUACUUUACUGGUAUUCCAUCAGAUGCAACUGAAGAAGAAGUCGUUGAAUUCUUUUCCAAGUGUGGCAUCUUGAAAGUUGAUGCGUAUUCUGGAAAGGCAAAGGUCAAGUUGUAUAGGGACAAGCUCGGUUACCUGAAGGGCGAUGGAGUUGUUACAUAUGCUUUACAACCUUCGGUCGAAAACGCUUUCAAGGUUCUUGAUCAAACCGAGUUUCGUUUCGGAACAGGGACUCGAAUUCACCUAGAACCUGCUCGCUUUGAGUUGAAAGGGGAAGAUUUCAUACCGAGGAAGGUUCCAAAUACUGGGAAACCCUUAUUUUCAACGAAACAGUUAAUAGAACAGAAAACCAGUUGGAACGAUGGUGUAGAUGAUGGACGUGGACUAAGAAUUGUUAUUUUGAAGAAGGUUUUUGAGCCGAAAGAAGCUUUGACCGAUCCUCAUUAUUAUGAGGACAUUCGUAAAGAUAUGUUAGAGGAGUGUUCAAAGCUUGGAGAAAUAGAGAAGUUGACAGUAUUUGAGAGAAAUCCUGAGGGUGUGGUUGCAGUACGUUUUCGCUCUCCUGCUGCAGCGGAGUCUUGUAUUGAGCUUAUGACUGGUCGUUGGUAUGGUGGACGGCAAUUGGAAGCUGAAUUUUAUGACGGAAAGACAGAUUACCGUUAUAAGGAAACGGAAGAAGAAAGAAAAGAGCGUAUAAAGAAAUUCGAGGAAUGGCUAGGCGAGGAUGAAACUGCAGACGAUGGUGGAGUUUCAUUUCUAGACGCCUAUUGAACUGCAUUUGUAUCUUUUUGGUCAGUGUUUGAAGAGCAAACGUUAAGUGAAUCAAUCUUA